CUCAUCGCCCUCGCCUGCCUCCACCAUGCCGCGCUGAAGCAGCGUCGCACCCAGAGCCUCCAUCUGCCAUGGCCACGGUGGCACAAAGCAGCCAGCUGAGCCGGGAGGCGCCGCGUCCAGCUUCCGCCUCUUCCCCACUGGAGGAGCUGCCCUCCAGCCGCUGCCCGCCUCCUCCAGCCCCGCCGGCAGCGCCAUCCUCCCUAAAAAAAGGUUGACCACUCUGGGAAACGGGGGGGGGGGGGGGAGGGUUGCCGGAGGGAUGGCCCUGGAGCUCCUAACAGGUCCAGAUGAACUGACCAGUUAGUUAAGCUUUCACUAGAGGAAUAUGUAGAAAACCUCUUGCUUGGGAUAAAGCAUCUCCAGCCGCAUUUCUUAUGGAAACAACCAGGGCUUUAUCUUAUAAAAGGUAAAGAAUUCAAAAGCUUGCUAACAAUUUUGUGACAUUUUAGUUGGGCAAAUAAAGGCCUUGCUUGCUCUAAUGUGGAUUUUGGAAAUUUUCUUGUUGAUUUUGCUUUUUGAUAAUAAAUUUAUCCUUAGCAUUUAAUGUGCCACAGGAAAGUAAAUUUUGCUGCAAAAUACUAACACGCUACCAGCUCUGAAAGUUGUCACAAACUACCUUGUUAUUUGGCUUGUUGAGAAUGUCUUUUUCUUUUUAAGGAGAAUUCCAAAACUAUGUUUCCGCCCAGCUUAUUUAUAUCAGCAUACUUUGUAACGAAGGUUUGCAUUCAAUUUAAACAUAUUGGCAGACCGCCUUGCAAAAAGAUGAAAAUUAGGCAGAAAAGAAUAACAACUGUUUAAAACUGGAAGCAGUGCUUUUUUUCUGGGGGGAUGCAGGGGUACGCAUACCCCAGUGCCGGAUUUACAUAUAAGCUAAGCAAGCUAUAGCUUAGGACCCCACUCUCUUGGGGGGGGGGGAAUUAAAGGGGGAAAAACUGGAUGUACAUUUCCAAAAUAUAAGAUAAAAAACAAAUACAAUAAAAUAAAAUAAAACCUACAUACAGCAACAGUCUUUACAUUGGCGGGGGGGGGGGGGGGAGAUAAACAGAAAGGGAGAAAGGAGGAGGAGGAGGAGGAGGAGAUAUAAGAAAGUGACUUUUCUGCCAAGGAUGAAUGAAACAGAAGCAGCUGUUGCUGUUUUUCAGAAACUUCCAGCGAGAUGCCCUUACCAAGCAGCUCUUCCAGGACCCAACGGCACAAACUGAUAUUGGCAGGGACCAUGGUUGUUUUAGUUGUCUUAGUGAGCGCUGUGUUGCUUGCUGUGCUCAUACCUGGAAGGAAAGGAACCCCUGGCUCAGAAGUAUUGCAGUGGAAAGGCCAAGGGACCACUAAACAGCUGCAGGAACUCGUCUUGGGGAGAUGUUACAACUACAUUGCAUGUAGCGAUGUUACAGUGAAUCCUGAGCUCAGGUGAGUGCUAAGAAUACACUUUUGAAGAAUAAAAGCAGGAGUGCACAGUGUAGACAAAGAAGGAGCAGUAGGGAAAUUGGACCGCAGCUAUUCUAGAGAAAAAUGUAUAGACUGAGAUUUGAAGCUGUUCUUACUCUCCAUUUCCCCCCCAAAGUGCUAAAAAGCUGGAUUGAAAACUAGCUGAACAGUCCCUGCAUUGGAAUUGUUCAGGGCUUUUAUAUCUCUCUUAUAUGCAUGAUAAUAAGCAUGCAAUGAUGCAGGAAAGUUCCACCUUUUGAAUUCUGGCCUGUUAAACAGCUGCUAAAAGUGUAAGAAUAGCACAAGCAAGGAUGGUAUUUAGAAGUGGGUAUUUUAAAUGAAAGCAGGGGAGGGUUUCCUGUAUGUAUGAGUAAGUAGAUUGGACGGGUUAGAAAUGUAUUUUUUUUUAGCAAUACUUACAGUGUUCACAGUUUUUGAAGUGCUUAAUGUACAUCAGCUCAGAAAUCCAUACAAUAGCAUUGUGAGGUAGGUUAAUGUUACUGGAGAUGGCGUGUCUAAAGAAUACUGACUUGAUCAAAGCCAUUUAGUGAUGUUACGACAGAAAUGACAUUUUAACUCGGGGGCUUCUUGUUCCUGGUUCGAGGCUCCCAGUACAGUUCUACCCAUAUUUCUUCAGAACUUCAUCCAACUUCAUUUAGUUGAAAUAGCUGCCAGGUAAGUAUGAACCGAAUUAUGGCCUGGUAGUACGAGUCUAUGUGUGGUUUACUCAGAAACACGGGCUACUAAAUUCAAUGAAAUCAGUACAUUGGGUUUAGGGCUGCAGUCUUUGACUUUCAAAUAAGGGCCAGGGGGAAAGUGUUGAAAUCACCAAAUACAUGAGAAAAGAAGUGGUUGAUUGGGACUCAAAUCACAAUAUUUUCAUUAUCUUACUAGCUUUGGUGCUCAGAGGCAUGUUGUAAAAACUUGUCAACAGAAGAACUUAUUGAACCUUAUCAGUACAGUAUCUUGUAAUAGCAUUUGUUGAACCUUAUCACAAUGUUGCAAUGAGGAAAUAAUACUGUCUCUGACUAGAGGGAGAGGUUGGUGAGAAGCAGACUUUGGCCAUAUGAGGAACGUUUGGCAUCUGCUACCGAAAGACCUGUUCGAGAUAUUCACCAGAAGGCUCACUUUUCAUCUGCUCAGCCUUUAUCUGGGUAAAUGGUGGGAGCCAGGCAGAGGGCCUUCUCGGUAGUGGCGCCCACCUUGUGGAACGCUCUCCCAUCAGAUGUCAAGAAAAUAAACAACUACCUGACUUUUAGAAUACAUCUGAAAGCAGCCCUGUUUAGGGAAGUUUUUAAUGUUUGAUCUUUUAUCGUGUUUUUAAUAUUCUGUUGGGAGCUGCCCAUAGUAGCUGGGGAAACCAGUUAAUUUCUGAGCCCAGUUCAAAGUGCUGGGCUUUGCCCUAUAAAGCCUUAAAUGGCUCAGGACCACAAAACCUCAAGGGCCUCCUUUCCCUGGCCCAGACCUUGCAAUAAUCAUUUGUUGAUUCCCCCCCCCCCCCUGAAUUUAAUCAUGAAUUAAGAUAAUGAAAAAUGGCACAGAAUAGCUGAUGGGAAAGUCUUUGGGAAGGCACACUUGAGAACUGCAUUUUGACCACCCCCACUGUUGCACUUUAGCCUCCAGAGGGUGCACUAUGGGUCGAUGCAGCCCCCGCCCAAAUUAGGUUAGCCCUCAAGUGCCCAAGGGAGAGGAGAGAGCACAGAAGCCAAGACUCCUGCUGGUAACAACUGGACCUUCCCUUUUCUCUUUCUGGCUGAAGACGGCUCAUUUGAAAUUACAGUAAUUUUGUGCAAACAUGGAAAACAAAGAGAAACAUUACAAAAAACUACAGUAUAAGGCCCUUCCCUCAAACAUCUGUGAUGUGAAAAACAUAUUGCCACAGGCACUUUAGUAAGAGCCCGGCAUAAUGUUGUAGCCAUCUCUCCAUAUGAAAGGAAACAGACCCACAAUUUUAAACCAAACAAAUUUUAAACAAAACCUUUUUUGUUUAAAGGUGCCAGUGUGGUGUAGUGGUUAAGAGUGGUAGUCUCGUAAUCUGGGGAACCGGGUUUGCGUCUCCGCUCCUCCACAUGCAGCUGCUGGGUGACCUUGGGCCAGUCACACUUCUUUGAAGUCUCUCAGCCUCACUCACCUCACAGAGUGUUUGCUGUGGGGAGGAAGGAAAGGAGAAUGUUAGCUGCUUUGAGACUCCUUAAAGGGAGUGAAAGGUGGGAUAUCAAAUCCAAACUCUUCUUCUUCUUCUUCUUCUUCUUCUUUUUCUACCUGCUUUCCUACAUGCUCCUCUCCCAGUUAAUCCUGCGUUAGGCUAGACAGAGAGGCUGUAUACACAGUACAGGUUUAAAAUGCAGAGAGGUUGUCCCACCGCCCUCCACUACACUUCAUGUCGUAUUUGCAUGUCGUCGUACACAUUGGUGUGGUAAGAUUUGUUUCCAAGUUGCAACCAGCAAGGAGGUCUGGGUAACCACUGUUACCUUUUUCAGUGGGGUUCUUCCAUGAAGAUAACCACACCUUUCAGCAUCUGUGCUCCUGAACCUCAAAUUUUGGGAUUGUUGAUUGUUUUCGUUUUGUAUAUAUUUGAGCUUGAUUCAAAUUGGGUCUAGACCCAUUUUUUAAAAAGCAAUGUGGACUAAAAUCACUUUUGGAGCCUCUUUGGGAUUAGGGGCCCUGGAGCUUAAGCUUCAUAAGUUUCAUAGUAGGUCUGUCCCUGGCCAUGUUACCCCCAGAGGUUCAGUUUUGACUUGUACUGCAUCAAAAUCUUCCCCUGCAAAAGAGGCUUCCAUUUUCCUCCUCCUAUCUCAGAGCACUUUAGUGUAUUUUCAGUGGGUGUGUAGUUUUGCUUUUACCUUUUCAUUGUCAGGUGGCUGAGGAGGGGGGGUAUUUGUGUUUCCCAGCAAACAUUUCUUCUGUACUUCCGUCUCUCUCUGGCUGCUUGCAUUUCCUUAUCUGGAAAAGCUUCAUGGGAGAGAAUAACUCAUGAUGUCUUUCCUGAAGGUUCAACUGAAAUGUGGAAAGAUGGGAGAAAUUAUUUUGUAAAAUUAGUGCAAAGACAUCCACAAAUGGCCCUUGGCCACCUCAAAAGUAAGGUAUUCACAGCAAAACCCCUACACCCCACCCCCCAUGAGAAUUUCACCAAAAUGUUCUUCUCCUUUUGAUAAUGAUCAAAUGCAAUUUCUGUUCUUAUUAAUUGAUGGAGGAUACUUUGCGGUGGGGGAGAGAACACGGUGCUAGUUUUAACUAUGCUGCUACAAAUGUUGCAUUCGGUCUCUCUCUCUCUCUUCCUCUCUCUUCCACAUGGUGCCUGUAUAUAUACACUGAUAUACACUGAGCUCACCCCAUGGCGGGGAUUCGAACCGCCGACCUUCUGAUCGGCAAGUCCUAGGCUCUGUGGUUUAACCCACAGCGCCACCCAAGGGGGCAAAGCCUACUUUUGGCCAAACCCAUCACUGGUAUGGAGGGUUCGUCAAGGGUGAAUAUGAGCCUUGGGUCAAAAUAGGUAAGCCUGUAACUUACCUGGUUAGACACCCCCAUCAAAUAUUAUACAGGUGGUGUGGAUUCUCUACAGCAGAGGUUCUCAGACCAUAAGGAAGUGCUCCUUCAUUAUGGAGUCUGCAGGGUACACUCCCAGUAUGUUUUCACAGAAGCCAGGUCUAGUAUUUUGAGGGCAAGAGCGUUUCUCAUUGACCCCAAGGAGCAUCUGUUGCUGCCCACCUUUUCACAAUGAUGGCAUGUCUCCGCUUGGUAUGUUGCCCCACAGCAAGCAAAUGUGCCCUGUUCUGUCUCUGUUGGUACAGUGUAUGUUUCUCACUCUUGCUCUGAAUAUCAAGGUAAAGGGACCCCUGACCAUUAGGUCCAGCCGUGGCCUAUCUACUUGCACUUUGACGUGCUUUUGAACUGCUAGGUUGGCAGGAGCAGGGACCGAGCAGCGGGAGCUCACUCCGUCACAGGGAUUCAAACCGCCGACCUUCUGAUCGGCAAGUCCUAGGCUCUGUGGUUUAACCCAGUGCUCCCCAACCUUUUUUUCACCGCGGACUGGUAAAUGUUUGAUAAUUUUUCCGUGGCCCGCUUGUUUUGAUUUAAUAAUUUUAAUUUAAUUGUAUUUAAACAUGCCUUCAAAAUAAAAUACAGCUACACCAAAAAAUGAAUAUAAAGUGAUUUAUUUUAUUUAACUCACUAGAAUGCCAAAUCAAUGAGAACCCUGAGCUUGUUUCUUUGCAACGAGACGGUUCCAUCUGGGGGUAAUAGGAAACAAUGACACCCGAAGUGUGUUGCUUAUGUCCAGUUUAUUCCGUUGUUUUGUUUUGGUUGCUGUCACUGCAGAAAACCCCGCUUCCCACAGAUAGGUUGUCGGAAAUGGCAAUAGGGAUUUAAGCGCUGUGGUGGCAAUCUCAGGGUAUUCCGCCAUGACUUUAAACCAGAACAUCGGCAGAGUUGUUGUCUUGAACGUAGUUUUAAGGCCACCGUCAUUUGCAAUCUCCAGCAGUUCUUCUUCUUCUUCUUGCAUAGACAUGCUAGAUUCGCCUGAUUUGUUGGCAAAUGGGUCGCAGAUCCAUUCCUUACCAGUUCGUGGGUCUUUUGUGGUUGGGAAGUAGCGCUCAAACUCUUUUAAAAGCAAAGACAGGUGAUCGUGCACCAACUGGCAGAAUGAAUGUUCAAGCUCAGUCUCGCCUACAAUCCCUGCUAAUGUCUGAAACAUGUCCAAAAUGCCUCUGUUCACACGCCGUCCCCACAACUCCAGUUUGGCUUUAAAUGCAGCUACUUUGUCUGACAACUUGAAAACAGUUGUCAUUUUCCCCUGAAGGCCCAGAUUGAGUUCAUUGAGCAGGCUGAAUAUGUCACACAGGUAAGCCAGUUUUGCGACCCAUACCUUGUCCCUGAAAUGUGCUGCCAGCGGUGACUUCUUUUCUGAGAGAAAUCUUUGCAAUGGCUCUCAUAAUUCAAAUACUCUGGUUAGCGAUUUUCCUCUGGAUAACCAUCUUAUUUCUGUGUAUAAGAGAAGGCAUCUGUACUCUGCGUCCAUCUCCUCACAAAGCUGCUCAAACAGGUGCGAGUUAAGUGCGUGUGCUUUGAUGUGGUUAAUAACUUUAACGACAUCCAUCAAUACGCUGUUAAAUUCCGGUGACAUUUUUCGGCUUGCCAGCAUUUCCCUGUGAAUGAGACAAUGCGUAGAUUCACUCUCAGGUGCAACCUCCUUAAUCCGAGCAGUUAAACCAGACAGUCGUCCGGUCAUGGCAGCAGCUCCGUCUGUGCAUAUGCUGACACAAAAGGACCAUUUCAGUUUUUCUGAUAUAUAACCAUCCAGUGACUUGAACAGUUCUGCUCCUGUGGUGUUGGUUGGCAAAGAUAGUGCACAUAACAAAUCCUCAUGCACAUCCUCCUGAUAUAGAUAUCGCACAUAAACAAGUAGUAGUGCCUUGUUGUCGAUAUCUGUAGAUUCAGUCAACCUGGAGUGCAUACCACGGUGAUGUAUUAAUCCCCUCCAACAAUUGUGCCUCAAUGUCUUCGGCUAUUUCCUCAAUGCGCCUAGUCACAGUGCUAGCUGACAAAGGCACAUGUGCUAUCUUUUCCCCGCCCCCCCUCCGUGCACUUAUGCCUGAACCCGCACAAACACAUUCGACCCAGGAGUUGUUGACCUAAAUAAGUGCAAUAGGCCUGGGUGGAUGAGAGGGCAUUCUAAUAAAACCAUUGCUGCUCCUCUUUCCGUUUGAUAGUGCUGAGUCCCCCCCUCUGUGCACUUACCUCACGGCAGCUUCUCUUCAGUCCCCGCGUCUCCGACCUCGAGUCCUCAGUCCUCCCGUGGCGCCUCCUCCUCGGCCAAUGGCGUGAGGUUUGCCUUUCGGCCAAUCAGGAAGCAGGAGGACCCGCUCCCUGAUUGGCCAGGAGGAGCAUCAGUGUAACAAUAGCGAAUUUUCAUUCGCUAUUGUCACACAAUGGGCGGGCUUGAGAGGGCGCAAUGCUCUGCGCCUCGGCCGCCCGCCACAGUGAAAUGAUUUGAAGUUCCUCGGGCGGCCCGGUGCCGAUUGAUCCACAGACCGGCACUGGUCCGCGGCCCGGGGGUUGGGGAACACUGGUUUAACCCACAGCGCCACCUGCAUCCCAGCCUCCAGAUAAAGCAGCAUUAAUUUCAAUGUAACUUCCAUCUCCACAGUUGAAAGAGAAAUUAAUGAGACUCAAGAAUGUUGGUAGCUUACUGUUAUGCUCAUAGUUUACUACGACUACUGCUUGUAGUCGAAGUAAUCCUCUUAAUCAGAAGUACAUUUCUUGGGCUGUUCAGGAGAGGGAAAGGCAGGUUGUCAGACUUCCAUUAUGCUUAGGAAUUAGGAGUGCUUUCUCACUAUCCAAAUACUAUUUUGUAUAAUUCACAUUUAAUAGUGUCAGGCUGAACAGCAGCCAUUCUCAAAGACCUCUGUGUUUGUUUGUUUGUUUGUUUGUUUGUUCUACAGAGACAAAGACUGUCUCAAAAUUUGGGAGCUAUUUCAAAAUGCCUUUAUGUACAAGCAUCCAUGCAAUGCGACAGAGGAAGAUUUCCAGCCUUUGAUGGCCCUGGCCACACAAUCCAUCCUAUGUAACAAGGUAGUUAUUUUGUGCUUGUUAAUUUCAAAGAAAAUUAUUAAAGAAUAUUUUGAAUUAAAAUGUAAUCAUGAUGUUGACUUAACAACUGUUUGGGAUGCAAGUAAGGCAGUUUUAAGAGGUGAUUUUAUUCAGAAAUGUGCAUACCAGAGGAAAGUAAGGGAAUGUAAGAAAUUGGAAAUAUCUGACAAAUUAAUAAAGAAAGAGAAAGAAUUGGUUACAGACGCAGGAAAUAAAGAGAAACUUCAAAAGAUUAAUUUCUUACAGAUACAAUAUUCAAUGCUUGUAAACCAAUAAAUAGAAAGGAAAAUUAAGUUUGUAAAACAAAGGAAUUUUGAAUUUGCAAAUAAACCAGGAAAGUUACUGGCAUGGCAACUUUUAAAAGAGAGUAGACAAAGAUUAAUUAAUGAGCUGAUGAAGGAUGGAGUACACAUAAACAAUCCAAAAGAAAUCAGACAGGAAUUUGUGAGGUUUUACAUAGAUGUGUUGGGAUGCGGGUGGCGCUGUGGGUUAAACCACAGAGCCUAGGACUUGCCGAUCAGAAGGUUGGCGGUUCGAAUCCCCAUGACGGGGUGAGCUCCCGUUGCUCGGUCCCUGCUCCUGCCAACCUAGCAGUUCAAAAGCACGUCAAAGUGCAAGUAGAUAAAUAGGUACCGCUCCGGCGGGAAAGCAAACGGCGUUUCUGUGCGCUGCUCUGGUUCACCAGAAGCGGCUUAGUCAUGCUGGCCACAUGACCCAGAAGCUGUUAGCCAGCUCCCUCGGCCAAUAAAGCGAGAUGAGCACCGCAAUCCCAGAGUUGGUCACGACUGGACCUAAUGGUCAGGGGUCCCUUUACCUUUUACACAGAUGUGUAUAAAAGAGAGAAAGAAGACUUUAAACUUAUAGACAAUUAUAUAGAGCGAAGUAAAUUAGGUAAUAUUUUGAGAGAAAGUGCAGAGCUAUUAAAUGUGCCAAUCUCCACGAUGGAAGUAUAUCAGGUGAUAAGCCAGGGAAAAUCUGGGAAAGCCCCAGGACCAGAUGGGCUCCUGGUGGAGUACUACAAAAAGUUUCAGGAUGAGUUAGGCCUAUAACUAAAAUUAUGAACAAAGUGUUAGAAACAGGACAAGCACCAGAAACUUGGAAGGAGGCUUAUAUCACUUUGAUACCCAAACAAGAUAAAGACAGGACAAAUCCCAAAAACUUCAAGGAAUGACAGAAAGAGCUUUCUAAGUUUAUUUGGCGGGGGGGGGGGGGAAUCCAGGAUAAAACAUAAAAUUAUGAUUGAUACCAAAGAGCGAGGCGGUUUUGCUCUCCCUGACUUACAAUUAUGUUUAUGUUGAAAGAAUGGAUUUUACUAAAGAAUAGCCACUUAUUAGAUCUAGAAGAGCACAGGAAGGCCUGAAACUGGAAGGGGGAAUUGGCAGAAAUUAAGAUACCCCCCUCUACAUGUAAGCAUAACUUUAUAAUGAGCAAAGGGGGGGAGGUCACAGGAGUUCGUGGAGCAAACAUUGCACCAAAAACAAAACAGAACCUACCCAUUCUUACUACCAAGACUUUUUGUUCUUAUCUGUACAGAUGCCCAAAUAUUUUCUGCCACUACUUCCGGGUCUCUUGCCCCGUAAGACAAAAAAACAAAAACAAAAAACCAUCCAAAAGCUUUAAGCCCAAAGCUGAAAACUGUGGAGAGAAAUGGAAAGAGGAGGGGGUAUAUUACUGUUAUAGUUCAGGAAAUGUGUCAGAGCUAGGAAUUCAAUAUUGACACUUUACUUACAGUCGCUGUUUUGGACCAAGACAAAAGACCUUGUACACCGUUACACAAACACUAAUCGUGAUUUCCUCACAUUGGAAGACACUUUACUAGGCUACAUGGCAGAUGGGCUCUCAUGGUGUGGAGACCCCUCCAGCCCAGGUAAGAAGAGUGUUAAGUUGUGGGUGAACAUAUCAGAUGACACAGUGAUUCUUCCAAAGCAGCUCUUUAUUUGUAAGCUGGAACAGAACUGAACUGAAGAGCUCAGUCAGCCUGUUUAUAUAUAGAGCUCCAGAACAACGUAACUGUAGCAACUUUCUAAAACUAUCCAAUCACUGAAUGUCACUUUCGAUCCUUCAUUUGCAUAACUAUCUACAGUAUCCCCCUGCUGGCCCAGGAUGAGAACUUCAGUACAUAACAAAGAGUGUCCUAUUCUCUACAACAAAAAAAAAAGAGAGAGAGUUAGGGUUCCCCCCCUUCUGGUAUGGGGGAGGGUAGGAAUUGUAUCCUUUAAGAAGGUUUGAAGUAGAAAGGAUAUAAUAAUGUAUUGUUAACAGUUUACAUGGCCACUGGGCCAAUCACCUCCUGGCAAAUAGAAGAGGAAGAAAUGGAGGCAGUGAGAGAUUUUACUUUCUUGGGCUCCAUGAUCACUGCAGAUGGUGACAGCAGUCACGAAAUUAAAAGACGCCUGCUCCUUGGGAGAAAAGCAAAGACAAACCUAGACAGCAUCUUAAAAAGCAGAGACAUCACCUUGCCAACAAAGGUCCGUAUAGUUAAAGCCAUGGUUUUCCCAGUAGUGAUGUAUGGAAGUGAGAGCUGGACCAUCAAGAAGGCUGAUCGCCGAAGAAUUGAUGCUUUUGAAUUAUGGUGCUGGAGGAGAAUCUUGAGAGUCCCAUGGACUGCAAGAAGAUCAAACCUCUCCAUUCUGAAGGAAAUCAGCCCUGAGUGCUCACUGGAAGGACAGAUCAUGAAGCUGAGGCUCCAAUACUUUGGCUACCUCGUGAGAAGAGAAGACUCCCUGGAAAAGUCCCUGAUGUUGGGAAAGAUGGAGGGCAAAAGGAGAAGGGGAUGACAGAGGUUUAGAUGGUUGGACAGUGUUCUCGAAGCUACAAACAUGAGUCUGACCAAACUGCGGGAGGCAGUGGAAGACAGGAGUGCCUGGCGUGCUCUGGUCCAUGGGGUCAUGAAGAGUCGGACACGACUAAACGACUAAACAACAACAACAGUUAUCCAGUGAUUGAAAGAUGCAACUUCAGAAUAAAAGAAAAGAAAUCAAAGCAAUGGAAAUAAAGUACAAUAGAUGCUCUAUAUGGUGUGUAGACAUCAAAUUCACUCUCACCCUUACUUUCCAGUUGUAGCAGAGGCAUUGUACUGUUAUAAGAAAAAACUGCUCCUUUUCCUUUGUGGGGUCUCCAAGAGCCUGUAAAGAGUCCUUAAGUGGGUUUCCUGUCGGUAGGAGAAAAUAGCAGAGGCCAACCAAGGAAUAUUGAGAAGCAAAGCAGCUAGUAAGCGUGUUCUUUAUUAAACUGUUGCAACAGGGUGCUCACUACCACAUGCAGGAGGGAGGAGGAACCCGGAACAAUGGUGUGCAAACCCUUCUAUAGACUUUUGAAAUUGCCCACCCUGUAGCCCAAGACCAACCCCCAAAACAUCAGACAUGCUUCACAGGAGGCGGUCUCCAGCAGAAAUCCUGUUUGCCAGGAUACCUUAUAAUGGUCACUGAUUGCUUUACCUGGGCAGCCUGGCCACUCUUUUGUGAUGGUAAAUACUUUUUGUUCCUGAAUCCAGGUCACAGGGUCACCCUAUUCAUACACAAAUACGCCCUUAAGACAGGAUUUCUAAGGAAAAAGACAAAGGGAAGGCUUUCCCCAUUUCCUCCCUCCUUGGGGAGAAAUAUAUUGAGGUCAAUUUGGGAGAGUCAAAACUAUUUCAGACAUGUGGUUUAUAUACUUACGUACCGGUAUAUGUUUGCCUUGUACAUUUAUGAACGUUUAUUUUCUACUUGAGACCCUAAAAUUCUUACUUUCCAGUUGUAGCAGAGGCAUUGCAUUAAAACUUAGUUCUUCUUCCCUCCCCUCUCAUAGGGCACAAUAUAUCAGUCUUGUAUUUAUGCUCAAACUGUAUUUAUUAUAGGAGUCAACUACGAAUCUUGCCCCGAAUGGACUGAGUGUGAGAAUAACCCUAGUUCAAUGUACUGGAAAAUGUCGUCCAAGAUGGUAUGUUCUAUGCAACCCAGGUUAGCGAUACUGAAAUAUAUAUUAUGCUUCACUAAUACACAAUUGAAUUAAAACCAAUGGCUAAUAAAAUGAAAUCGUAUCCCUUAACCCAGCGAUAGCCAAGUUGGUGCCGCCAAGAUGCUGUUGAAUCACAAUUCUCUCGCCAGCCUCUGCCUGCACAGCAAAUGGUCAGGGAAGAUGGGAGUUGUAGUCCAACAAAAUUUAGAAGGCACUCUAUUGGCUCCCCCAAUAUGGUUGGGCAUUUUGAAAUUAACACCACUUGUAGAACCUUUUCUUCAGUCAGGCAAACUCAUAAAAUUGGUGACUGUUGAAAGGUCAAAACUGUAAGUGGGUACAAGGUAUUGAGCAGGUUCUCUUGUUACAUUAAACUAUGUUUUCAAAUAUGUUUUAGUUUGCAGAAGCAGCCUGUGGUAUAACUCAAGUGAUGCUUAAUGGGUCCAUAGAAGCUGGAGCAUUCAGAAACAACAGGUAUUUUCCCACUUGACUGUAAUGCCUGCCUAUCCAUGCCCAGGUCAUUGUGAUAUGCCGCCCAAGGCCUGUGCAUAUCUUCCUGAUGUUCCCAAAGUGAAUUGAUAGACAGGGUAUUCUUGUGGAUUAAGAAGGCAGCCAUACUGCUUCCAGGUAGGUUGUUCUUACUCUUGAUUGAUGGAGAGGUAAAUAAAGACUCAUAAUAAACAAUCUAGCUUUACUGCUGUCAGUAAGAGUCAACUUAACAUAGCUCAUUGGCCUUAUCCUGGCCUUUGACAAUUUAGACAUGUAUUUUAAGGACUCGCCCUAUGCUUGUGAUUUUAAACUGUUUUUAACAUUGUACUUUAAAUUGUUGUGAUCCACCCUAACACCUCAGAGUGAAGGAUGGGUAAUUAAUCAAAAUCAUACAUACAUACAUACAUACAUAUUUAUCUUCUGAAAUUACUAGGCAAUGGCAAUGAAUAACAUCUAUAAAGAUGUUUACCUGAUAUGUUUUGUUGAGGCUGGUAAACAUCUGAGCUCUUUUCUUAUGCUCCUGCUCUUUCAGCAUUUUUGGCAGUGUUGAAGUUGUUAACUUAAAUCCGAAUAAAGUCUCCAAGAUGCAGAUUUGGCUUAUGCAGGACAUUGAUGGACCACAAAGGUAUGUUUUGAUAAUGCAGAAUAUAAUAACUCUCUAUAUCUAGGGUUCAGUUAGAAACAGACUACCACAACAUGGCAUAUCCUUAUCCAACAGACAUGCUGGUUUCCCAAGAAUAAUUCCUUCUUUGUUAGCAGUACUGUUCUGCGUUCUCAGAAAAAGCUCAGUUUAGGCAGUCAUUUUAAAGGUUUUUUUUGGGGGGGGGGGUUGGCUGCUGUUGUUAAAUUAAGCCCUUUUAAAAAUUAUUUAUCUGGUACUUUGAUAUGUAAUCUAUCCCACAUAUUAAGUGCAUUAAAAAAACCAUGCAUAUUUUCUUUUCUCACAAUUUUUGGCACAGCCUUUGUCUUUUGGCUGGAGACAAAUUUGAUACUGAAAACUUCUAUCAGUUUAAUGUCAUGAAUUUCCAUGAAGAACCCAGUGUGAAAUGGGUGUUGUGUGACAUCCUUAGGCUUCCUCACUCCCAGACCUACAAUUUGAAGUGUUACCUGGGGAGACAGAAAGAGUACCUGUUCAAGUCUGCGGUGCACAUCUACCCAAAGAGUUGAAAGGGGCACUGUGGGGUCUUCAAUGAACUGAGGACAAUGCUCAUCUCUGUUCACAGUUUUGUCUGGUGUUUCAAAAACCCAUCUCUUUUUUUCUGGGGGGGACGCAGAGGUACACAUACCCCUAAACAUUUUGUGAAUCUAAAUUUGGUCUCAGUGAGGGGCAGUAUUUCAAUAUGAGUAGUAAAAUGAGAAUACCCCUAAACCUUUUUUUAAAGGAAAAAAAGCACUGCAAAAGCCUGUUCAGUAAGAGAUGAACACGCACAAAAGAAGAGAAAGUUGGCUAUCAGGAGAAAUUACGCCUCUCUUGUCUCUCUAGAACUAUUGUCUCUCUCUAAUGUUUGCCUGUCUAUCAUGUACUGUACAUACUCCGGAGAAGUUAAUGGAUUUGGUUGCAGUGCUGCCUCUUGCCAGUAGAGGACAUCUGCAUCACACAAAUGGAUUCUGUUUU